GAUAGGGCACUUAUCUACUUAUUUGAGGCUACAUUUUAUUAUUGGCUCACCUCGUAGAAAAGUUCUUCGUUGCCCGCCAUUACAGGAAAUUGCCGAAGCAACCGGCCUCUGCAAGGUGGCGCUGAGUUAAGAUGGCUGCGCCCAUGGUUUUUCGGUUGUCAAAGAGAUUCAGCUACACCCCAAAGCUUAUUCAGAGGACCCUACACACCAGUUACUCAGCCAUGGGAGCAUAUGAUGCUGAGUUCAGCAAGGCAAAAGAACGCCUCGGUGCUUUAAAAGAGGAUCCUGGAAAUGAUGUGAAACUCAAAAUAUAUGCACUCUUUAAACAGGCGACAAUUGGUAAAUGCAAUGCACCAAAGCCAGGGAUGUUGGACAUGGUAGGCAAAUACAAAUGGAAUGCAUGGAAUGACCUGGGUAAUAUGUCUCAGGAUGAGGCACAGAAGCAAUACAUACAACUGGUAGACUCCCUGGCUGGGACUGAACCUCAGCCAAGCACCGACUCCCAGUCAAGGGCAGACAACAAGUACAAGACCCUUCUCGUCACUAAUACAGCAGGGGUAUUCAGCAUAACGCUCAACAGACCAGCCAAGAAAAAUGCCUUAAAUAUUCAGAUGUAUGAAGAACUCAUAGCUGCCCUGAAGGAAGCUAGUGUGGACAAUUCGGUUGUCAUAGCAACUCUGACAGGUGCUGGCGACUACUUCUGCAGUGGCAAUGACCUCAGUAACUUCAUGAACAUUGACUCCAAGAACAUAGAAGCCAUGGCUGUGAAAGCGGGAGAUUUAUUGGAGCGUUUUGUAUCCGCAUUUAUAGACUUCCCGAAGCCUCUGAUUGCCUUGAUUAAUGGCCCAGCAGUGGGGGUGUCAGUCACGGUACUGGGACUCUUUGAUGCAGUGUAUGCAAGUGAUCGGGCAACGUUCCACACACCUUUCUCCCAGCUGGGCCAGUCCCCUGAGGGUUGCUCCUCAUACACGUUCCCGCGGCUAAUGGGCCCAGCUAAGGCCAAUGAGAUGCUUCUCUUUAAUAAGAAGAUCUCUGCUGCAGAGGCCUUUAGCAGGAACCUUGUCACCUCUGUGAUACCUGACGAUGUGUUUGCCAAGGAAACUCAAGCAAAGAUUGACACAAUUUCCAAGCUGCCCAGGGAGAGUAUGAGCUACUCAAAGGUGUUGAUCAGAAACGCGGAGAAGGCCACACUCCACUCUGUGAACAAGGAAGAGUGCCGUGUUCUGAUUGGUCGUUGGCAGUCCCAGGAAUGCAUGAACGCCAUUAUGAGCUUCUUCUCCAGUAAAACAGCCAAGUUAUAGUCAUUUGAAAUGGUGAUCAGUGUUUGACAAAAACUUAGGGAAAGAUCUUGGACCAAAAAUGGUAAAAGGUGUUACUAUAUUAGUCUAGAGGGAAUUCAGUUCAGUUUGUUUACAUGCUUAAACAAAAUUUGAAGAUUUGCCAAGUUGUAGUCAUGGGAACGCUAAUCAGUAUUUGAAACAAGCUUGGCAAAAGAUCUUGGACUGAAAAUGUUGCUAGUUGUGCCAAAUGGGUCUGGAUAAUAAGUCAGUGCUUUAACGUGUUAAAUGAAAGUUGGAGUAUUUGCUUAAAUUAUAUUAAAUAUCAAAAUACAUGAUGUGGGCUGUUUUGUGAAAAGGGGGUGUAAUGAAUGUGCGUAAAGUGUCGUCCCAGAUUAGCCUGUGCAUAUCGCAGUUCCGCUUUUAUGGCAUUUUUUGUUUACAUAAAUUCUCUUCUUUGCAAAAAUCCAGUUAAGGUGAAAAGUGUGUUCCUGAUUAGCCUGUGUGGACUGCCCAGGCUAAUCUUGGAUGAAACUAAAUGCACAUGCAUUAUACACCCUUUUCACAGAGCACUCCUCACGUGUAUGUUUCCCUAGAGGAGAGCUGGAGGGACCAAAAAAGGGCCAGCACAUGAUUUUCCCUUCAUAACUUUAUGUUAAUUACAUGUUUUGUUUGUUAAUAAUGUUGUGUUAUUGUAAAUUUAAGAUAAUUGACAAAAAUAAUGUAUGUUUAUCUAGUUUUAUAAAUGCAGAUGCAAUUA